GGCACAGAUGACGUCACGUGCGGUGGUGGUGGCAGUUUUACUCGUUUCCAUGGCGACCAGUCAUCCUGCCGCGCAUGCGCACCUUGUGAGCUGGGCUGUUCCCGCCAAAAUAGAAGCCCAACCUGCACCUCAAUACGAAGACGUCGCAGACUCCAACUCCUUAGCGCUAGAAGCGCACGAGCCUCUACUAGAGGCGCUGUCCCCCGAAAGUCAACCCCGCCACCCCGCAUCGCAGCCAGACUCCUAUCGGCCACUCCUCAUCCGACUGCCGUGGCCUCUCGCGCGCGCCCUCAGCAAGCGGGCCAGGAAACCGCCAAACAUGAACGCCUGGGGGCAGCCGUGGGGCAAGCGGGAUCUGAGUCUUGUAAACUGAACUUAAAGAACACGGUAUGGAAAAUACGUCCAACGUUCAGCCACCUCCGAAUCUGUAUUUGAGUUCUGGCUCUGGCAAAAACAACAUUCAUCGAAUUCCGCAUGAUAU